CACCCCCAUCAAGAGACUCUCUUCUGCUCUUCCUUACUUCCGCACUUUCAUUCAUUUCUGAACUUCUCGGAGUGGAAAGGAGUAUACACGUAGAGCGAGCAAGUUGCCGUAGGCAGUGUUUCAGAGACCCAAAGGCAUUCCAGACCGAGUUCAACCAACACACAUCGAAUUUACAUACUCCACAGAAACAUCCAAACAUGAAUGGAUCGAUUCUUCCAAUCUGCCUGGCUCUAUGUCUGGCUGGCUGGGCUGUAUCUGGCGCUUCUAUUGAAGCUCAGAAGACCUCUGUCUGUUACCUCUGUAACGAUAUGCAAUGCCAAAAUAUUGAGUCUGUUUAUGACCAUUUGACGACUAAUUCGACCCUGUGGUCACGAGGUGAAAUGGUUAAGCUGCCUCCCUGUCCCAUAACCUCCCCUCCACCAUCUGGAAAAUGCUUGUUAUGUGUUAAGAGCCAGGAGGUCUACGCUGUGUGUGACUCAAAGAUCAUCAAGCCAGCCUUUGAGGGCCAAGGCAGCUCCAUGCCUGUCAUCGAAGCCAAUUGCACCGGCAUUGUUUCAACUGAUCAGAUGGACGGAGCUGGAGGUUCAGCUUGGAGUCCUGAUCCAAUUGCCCCCACAAUGACCACUGAUGGCACUGGCAGGUUAUCCAAGGAAACAAGAUUCGCUAUUGUGUCAAUCCCAAUUGCCUUCUCCGUCAUCUUCAUACUCAUUGUUGUUUUGCGCAGAAGGACCAGAUCAAGUGUUGUCUGGUGUCCACAUUAGAUGUCCACUUCAGAAGUCCACUCAGAGCAGCACCAGACCCAGUUAAAGUUAUUAAGAGUAAGGUUGAUAUUGUGUAAGACAAGGAAAAGAGGAAGUGAUGGACCUGAAUGUUGUCUACUUCCUGGCUAUGGUUUAACUUGAGGAAACAGUAAGCUCUGUUAGAAAGCCAGGUUGUUACAUUUUGAUAGCUUUUACUCUGCACUUUUGCAGCAGGGUACAUGAGUGUCUUGGGAUUCCUAGGGCCUGGAAGUAUAGUCAGGGAGAGAUCUCAGUGACAGACUUACACAGAGGGUCCUGCCAUUUUAAACCACAUACUUUUUGAUUCGCCAAGUUUGCGUGUUUUGCACAUCUGUAUGGUUGAUUGAAACAUGUGGAGUUAAUAAUUAUGUGAUGUUUUAUUUAUAUUAAUGUAUUUGUAUUAUGUUUUUACUAUUGAUAGUGUUUGCAAGGUACUGUAAUUGCAAGUGCUUCUCAUCGUAUGUGCGCUUCCCUUGUCUAAUGUCAGAAUAAACAGCAAAGAACUGGGA